GAUGCAAAUGAGAUGCAAAUGAGGAGUUGAGCAGGUAAGUUGCCAACAGCAGACAGAGCUGAGACCUCGCUCACACUCAGCAAGGACAGGUUACUGCUGCCAUGAUUCACACCACGUGGUCUGCUGUGGACGGACAGGCGGUAAUUCCCCGUGCGGUGACGUCACCCCGGCGUGACGACCGCGAUGACGUCGCAGAUGACGUCGACGAGGGGGCGGGGCCCCCCGCGGCGACGUCACGGGCAGGGGGCGGGGCCGAGGUGGAGUUGGAGCAACUUGAGCAAUUUGCUCGCAACUUCAAGCAGCGGCGAAUCAAACUGGGCCACACGCAGGGCGACGUGGGCGUUGCUAUGGGCCGUAUCCAUGGCAACGCGUUCAGCCAGACAACCAUCUCCAGGUUCGAAGCCCUGAACCUCAGCUACAGAAACAUGGCGAGGAUUAGGCCACUACUGGAGGCCUGGCUACUCAACAUGGAGAGCCCCAGUGGCUGUGUUCACCGCUGCUCGUUGCCAUGGCGAUCCCUGCGUAGGAAGAGAACUUCCCUGGACGCCGCGGUCAGAGCUCAGCUGGAGAUCCACUUCCUGCGGAAUCCCAAACCCAGCUCCCACGAGGUUCUAUCUCUGUCCCGCUCGCUCUGUGUGGAGAGAGAUGUCGUUCGCGUGUGGUUCUGCAAUCGGAGGCAGAAGCAGAAGAGGAUCACGGUGAGGGACUGAAACUCUUGUUUACACUACACUAUACACUACACUAUACACUAUACA